AUGGCGGGCUUAGAUGCCGCUCUGACUCCAACAAAUGGCCAGAAGAAUGGUCAUGUGAAUGGUAAACUGAAGGAUGCACCCCUCCCCGUCGCGAAACGCAGCAAAGGGCGCCGCGUCGAACGACAGGAAAUUGAGGAUACAUUUGCAAAGUAUUCGGAAUUCAGCGGCGACCAUUCCCGCAUGAAGAAAGAUGGAACCAGCAGCAAAUUUCAAGAAGUGAGGUGGAUGGGCUGGAAGGGCGUCCGGACCCUGUUGGAGGUGGUAAAGGGCAAAACUUCUAGCAAACUUGUCGACGAUAGGGACUACCUCAUGGAGCGAAUUAUUCAACUUGUGGCCAAUCUCCCUCCAGAAUCAUCAGCGCGAGAACAGCUCACCAAGACUUUUGUUAAAUCACUCUGGGUCUCUCUUCCUCAUCCACCCCUCGCAUAUCUCGGCGACGAGUAUCGCUACAGAGCCGCCGAUGGAUCGAACAACAACCCGAUGUUUCCCCGACUGGGAGCCGCCAACACACCCUACGCGCGCUCCGUCAGACCUAUCACUAUUCAGCCUGCGGCACUUCCAGACCCGGGUUUGAUCUUCGAUAGUCUUUUCGCUCGCCAGGAAUUUAAGCCUCACCCCACUGGGGUCUCUAGCGUAUUUUUCAGUUGGGCAUCGUUGAUAAUUCACGACCUUUUCCAGACCGAUCCAAGGAAUCAGCACAUCUCACAAACUUCUUCGUAUCUUGAUCUUUCCACGCUCUAUGGAGAUAAUCAAGAUGACCAAAACCAAAUGCGUACCUUCAAGGAUGGGAAACUCAAAGCCGAUACAUUUUCGGAUCCUAGACUUCUCGCACUCCCACCUGCUUGCAGCGUUAUUUUGGUCCUGCUGAACCGAUUCCACAACUAUGUUGUCGAACAGCUAGCACAGAUAAACGAGAAUGGCCGGUUCACUAAACCCCAUGCUAAUCUGCCACCAGAUCAAUCGGCAAAGGCAUGGGUUAAAUAUGAUAAUGACUUGUUCCAGACCGGGCGGCUUAUAACAUGUGGCCUCUACAUAAAUAUCACAUUGUACGAUUAUGUACGAACCAUAAUCAACCUUACACGGAGCAACACGACCUGGAGUUUGGACCCAAGAAUUGACACGAAGAAAGAUGCUGCUCCGGAAUCUGCGGAAAGCGGCGUUGGUAACCAGGUAUCUUUCGAGUUUAACCUUGCUUAUCGGUGGCAUUCAUGUAUCGGCCAACUUGAUGAGAAAUGGAUCAACGAUAUCUACCACGAUCUUUUUGGCAAAAGCGGGGAAGAUAUUUCUAUGCCAGAGCUGAUGGCUGGAAUGGGAAAAUGGAAACAAAAACUUCCUGAAGACCCUUCUAAGAGGACAUUUGCCAAGCUAAAACGGCAAGCAGAUGGACGGUUUAGGGAUGAAGAUCUGGCUAGAAUUAUAACCGAAGCGACUGAGGAAGUUGCAGGAACAUUCGGUCCACGUAACGUUCCCAAGGCCCUCCGAGCAGUCGAAAUACUUGGAAUUCAGCAGGCGCGGAAAUUCGGCUGUGGCACUUUGAAUGAGUUCCGGAAGUUCUUCGGCUUAAAGGAGUAUGAAUCGUUUGAGGAAAUCAACUCUGACCCUGAAAUAGCCGGCCAGCUUCGGAAUUUAUACGAGCACCCUGAUUAUGUUGAGCUUUACCCAGGCAUUGUUUCAGAGGAGCCGAAGAUUCCUAUGGUCCCUGGAGCUGGGAUUUGUCCAACCUAUACUAUCUCGAGAGCAGUUCUUUCAGACGCAGUAGCACUUGUGCGUGGUGACCGAUUCUACACUUGCGACUACAAUGCCAAAAGUUUGACAAACUGGGGAUAUACAGAGACUCACUAUGAUCUUAGCAUCAACCAGGGUUGUAUGUUCUACAAGCUGAUGCUACGCGCUCUUCCAACUUAUGUCAAGCCCGACUCCAUCUACGCACACUAUCCCAUGACGAUUCCCAGCGUAAACAAGGAAAUUUUUGCCAAGUUGGGCCGACAGAGUCAUUUUUCUUGGGAUCGCCCUGCGUUGUUGUCCCCUCGAAUUGACCUCACUUCCUACAAUGGAGCAAAAACAAUUCUUCAGAACGCUAAAGAUUUCCGAGUCACUUGGGAGGCGUCCCUCGGUUCACAUCUUGCAAGUCAGGGCUUCAAUGAGUCACAAGCUAAAGUCAUAGAUGAAAUCUUUGCUCAAGACUCGUGGCGCGAGGAAGUCAAGCAAUUCUAUCAGGAUAUAACUCAAAAAUUGCUGAAGCGGAACUCAGUGAAAAUCGCUGGAAUUAACCAGAUUGAUAUCACCCGGGAGUACGAUCAUCAGACCCCCUACUCAAAAGACCCCCUACUCAAAAGACCCAUUGAACUAAUUAAUAUCCAGUCUCGUACCUUUAAUAUUCCAAUCAAAACAAAGGAUAACUCAAAGGGAGUAUUCACCGACCAUGAAAUGUUCAUGGUAAUGCUGGCGGCAUUCACCAGUGUAUUCUCUGAUGUAGAUCCCACAAAAUCUUUCCCCCUGCGACAGGUGGCUCGUGAAGUGGGUGAACAGUUUGGUCAGGUUGUGGAGUCAUACGUCAAAUCUAUCAAAGCGUUUAAUCCGUUCUCUAGUAUUAUUGAUAGGUUCCAGAAGGAUGGCAACACGUUGGCCAAGUUCGGCGCGGACGCAACCCGCAGGCUUCUAAAAUCCGGCCUCAGCGUUCCACAGGUGGCUUUGUCGUAUAUUCUUCCCAUUAUCUGCACAGCAGUGCCGAGUCAAGCCCAGGCUGUGAGUGUUUUCGCUGCUCAUUUUGGAAAGCAUGAACUAACUUCUAUCAAGUUUACUCAAAUCAUCGGCUAUUACUUGUCAGAUGAGGGCAAAAAACACCUCCCUGAUAUCAACAGCCUUGCAAAGGAGGAUUCCUUAGAAUCCGACACGAAACUUCUGCAUUAUUGUAUGGAGGGGCUUCGACUUAGCGGGUCAUUCAGUUCCUAUCGUGAUUCAAAUGCAAACAUUCUCAUCAAUGAUGGUGGUCGUGAAGUUUCCAUCAACGAUGGAGAUAAAGUCUUCGUGAGCAUGAUUUCUUCUGCUAGGGACCCCAACAUAUUCCCAAGCCCCGACGAAGUCGUUCUUGACAGACCUCUGGAAUCCUAUAUCCAUUACACUGAUGGCGCUUUUACCUGUUUCGGAAGAGACGCACAGAUGGUGGCGCUAUCCUCCAUGCUGCGUGUAGUUGGGCGUCUAGAUAACCUACGCCCUGCGCCGGGCCCUCAAGGCCAACUGGCGAGAAUUAGCCGUCCUGACGGACAUUUUGCUUACAUGCGAGAAGACUGGGGUGGCUUUUCGGCGCUCCCGAUGACUCUGAAAGUCCACUACGACGGUGAGCUUCGGUAA